AUGGACGUGUUCAACGUUUCCAACACAUAUGCCCAGUUCAUGAGCAACCAGAUGCAGGUUUUGCAAAAUGCCAAAGGCCGCCAAGGUCUGCCACCUCGCGACCGGAAAUCUAGAGAGGAUACAUCGACCCGGUUCAUGACAACUCUCAUGCUAACCAAAGGCACAGAAAAAGGACAUAUGAUUCACUCCUCGUUCAUCCCGCCAGCAUAUCAUCCAUGUAUCACGCCGAUGGCCGAUUUGAGACGCAUUGCGAUUAGAGAUCUUCAGCUUGAGACACACCACCGAGGCACGUAUCUACUGUUACGAUCCAUCACGCCCCCUAGACGCAGGACGGGGAUUAUGGCUAUCAUGAAGGAUGAGAAUCGCGAUGCUGUAAUGCUACAAUUAUUCCAGCAGGAGGACGAGGAUACCCGGAAGGCCAUCGAAAUCGUUGACGUUGGUACAAUCUUGCUAGUGAAGGAACCGUACUUCAAGGUAAUGGCAGACGGCGAGUAUGGUCUCCGCGUAGAUCAUCUCUCCGAUGUCAUCCAUGUCAAUAGGGACGAUGCCAGGAUUCCAGGGCCAUGGCAGCCGCGACUCGUUGAGAUAGAACAUUCAGCCGAAUCUUUGAAGACCAAGGGAAAUAUUGCCCUGGUAGAAGGUAGAUAUUGGGAUGCGAUCACAGAGUACACGAUUGCACUUCGCCAGCCUGCCACACCAAACGAAAUCGAUAUCAUCAAACGCAACAGAUCGCUUGCUUUCCUUAAAGUCAAGAGGUUUGAUUCUGCACUCCUCGACACAGGCUUCCCUACCUUCAACCCCAACGUUCCAGAGAAGGCUCUAUUCCGUGCCGCGGAAGCUCUCUAUUGCCUCGAACGCUUUGGCGAGAGCUGUGAAGUGCUCGAAUUGCUUCGGAAGAACUAUCCGCACAACGCCCGAGCCGUAGAAGUCCUUGAUCGCGCUCGGGCUCGAUACCUGGAGCAAAAGACUGGGUCUUACGAUUUCAAACUGCUCCAGGCAAAAGCGAAGAAGCUUCGGCCGCCACACUUGGAUCAUGCUACGUACAUUGGCCCUGUUGAAGUGAGACAGACGGAGUCUAAAGGCCGCGGUCUGUUUGUCACUCGGGCUGUGAAAGCGGGAGAAUUACUGCUGUGCGAGAAGGCAUUUAGUUAUUCUUACGCAGACGAGCGUGAAGGGGGCAGAUCCAAAAUAACCCUGUUGUUAAACCCUGAGACAAAACAUGCCUCUCUGGGCGCAGAGGCUGACCUCAUCAAACUCAUCGUGCACAAGCUGCAUCGGAAUCCAUCAGUUGCUCCGCCAUUCACCACUCUAUAUCAUGGAACCUACGAGAAGGCAAGCACGCAUACAGUUGAUGCAGAACCGAUCGUUCUCGUUGAUCGAAUCAUCUCGUUCAAUGUCUUUGGCUGUCCAGUCUCCAGUCUGGUGUUUCACAAGGACACUAUGGCCAACCAAACAAAAGAGGAACCAUCCCAUUAUUCAUGUGGUAUCUGGACAAAAGCAUCGUAUAUAAACCACAGUUGUACCAGCAACGCCCACCGCUCAUUUAUUGGGGACAUGAUGAUCGUACGCGCAUGCUGCGACUUGGAGCCAGGCACUGAAAUCACAUUCUUGUACACCAGCCUCGGCGACAAGAACGCUCAGAAAAAGCUUAGCCAUUGGGGGAUUGUCUGUGACUGCGCCAUCUGCCUCAACGCCAAGACUACGAAAGCUGCUGUUGUGACGGAGCGACGGAAGUUGCUGGAGCAGAUGAAGCAAGAGUUCAAUAUCGCGGCAAAUGGUGUCUUCCAGGCGAAGAAGAUUGAGCGCCUGCUCGACGCUCUGGAUACAACAUACGCGCGGCCUGCAGAUGGGCUCCCUCGUCUUCUGCUCUGGGACCCACAACUAGCAAUGAUACGCACCUUGGAGUUUGUUGGGAAGGCCCUGACUUCACUUGGCUUCAUUGUCGUUGGUGUGGACCUUUCUCCUACAGCCUUCGCGGUUGUCAAGUGGGGCUUGGUGGUGGACUAUUUGGUAGAAAUAUUCAUGCACGCAUGCACUGCCUUUGCGGCUAAGGGGGCUAUGAAGCACUCAAAGCAGGCGGAGGAGUAUGCAAAGGUGGCGUACAAAAUCAUAGUUGGGGAAGACACUUCUUUCAGUGAGAGCUAUGGGAAAUAA